CCAAGUGGCGGCCACCAAUUGCCGCAUCACGUCAUGUAGUCAAAUUCCCGGAUCAGGGAAGUGAUCCUGAAAUGAGAUGAAGACAGAUUUUUUAGUGUUUAUCAAGGUUUUUUUUCUAUUGAGAUACCGCAAAACUAGCUUCUUUUUUUUUAUCAAUGAACGGUAUUUUACUCGCAUCAGAAUCUCGUAAGCUUCUCAAUUGUAAAUUAUUGUCAUAAAAUUACGACACAAAUGAAGAAAUCUAAAGCCUCCCGCAAUCGAUAUCGAUUCAAAGAUUGAAAGUAAUCUGAGGCCAGAGUGCCUUCCAGUCAAUCAAAAAUUCAGUCAGUCAUCAACCAUGAAACAAAUCGUUUUAGCCCUAUUCUUCAUCUUUCUCACUGGAAAAGCAUUUUCCGCCGAGACAUUCAUUGUUGGCGGAGAAGAUGCUCAAGCAGGACAAUUUCCCUGGAUCGGUGGCAUAGAGUACGUUGAAUAUGCCUUUGUUUGUGCUGGUGCUGUCAUAUCUGAUCAUUGGUUCCUCACAGCUGCUCAUUGUGUCUACUUUCUCACUCCGGACGCGAUCCGCAUCCGCGUGGGAAGUCGCUUCAGAGAAACUGGUGGUCAACUUCAUGACAUAACUCGCCACAUUACUCAUCCAAAUUUCACCCAAGAUUAUACUUAUGAAUUUGACGUGGCUGUCUGCGAAACCGCAGGAAUUAUGGCUGGUCCGGGAAUCAGACCAGUUCCCGUAGGACAAAUUGAACCCCCAACAGGAUCUAGGGUGUUUAUCAGUGGCUGGGGAGCCACAGAAUAUGGAGGAUAUCCCGCAGAAGUCCUCCAAUUUGUCGACAUUCCCAUUAUCUCUCGCGACGAUUGCAAUAUCAUAUAUCCAGGAAAUAUUACAGAAAGUAUGAUCUGUGCCGGCCAAAGUGGAAGAGAUGUAUGUGUUCUGGACAACGGUGGACCAAUGGCAAGUUUCUUGAAUUUUUUCUCACAAUUUGAAUUGACAUUAAAAUUCCUUUUGUACUCUUUAGACGGAUUUCAGAAACCAUUUGGUGGGUAUUGUAAGCGGUGGAUUGGGAUGCGGUGAUCCAACAUCUCCUGGAGUUUAUGCCAAUGUCGCUCAUCCAGAUAUAAGAAGUUUCAUAAGAGAA